CAUUCAAACUCAAUAAGAGUACUCAGCUAGCUAGAGGCAUACAUAGAUAGCAUAGGAUUAAUAUGGAAAGCAAAGAUGGGAAAGAGAUUCAAGUGGCUAUUCAAAGUAGAAGAAAAAGAAGAAGAAGAAGGUGAUCAUGAUGAAGAAAACAGUGCAAAAAGGUGGAGCAGUUGCCGGAAAAGCUCGCCGGAGAGGAUGCACCACCACAGGAGGGCCUCAAGACUAAAAGCAAGAGAGUGGCAGCUUUGGAUGCUUUCAGAGGUCUCACCAUUGUGAUGAUGAUAUUGGUGGAUGAUGGUGGUGGAGCUUAUGAGAAGAUGGAUCAUUCACCAUGGAAUGGAUGCACACUUGCUGAUUUUGUCAUGCCUUUCUUCCUCUUCAUUGUUGGAGUUGCCAUUGCUUUGGCUCUCAAGAGAGUUCCAAGAGCUGUGGAUGCCAUUAGAAAGAUCACAAUCAGAACACUGAAGCUCAUCUUCUGGGGAAUUCUCCUCCAAGGUGGCUACUCACAUGCUCCUGAUGAUCUCUCCUAUGGUGUUGACAUGAAGCAUAUCAGAUGGAUGGGCAUCCUACAGAGAAUAGCAUUGGUUUAUUUCGUGGUGGCUAUUAUUGAGACUUUCACAACGAAACUCCGGAAGACUGCUGUAUUAGGUUCUGGCAAGUUUGCCAUUUGUCGAUGCAUAUCGAUGGCAGUGAAUGACGGGAAGAGAUUCACGGUUCCCUGUGGUGUGAGAGGAAGUCUUGGUCCUGCUUGCAAUGCCGUCGGUUAUGUUGAUAGGCAAAUUUGGGGAAUAAACCAUCUCUAUUCUCAGCCUGUUUGGAUUAGAUCAAAGGAUUGUACUUAUGAUUCACCAAAUGCGGGCCCUCUUCGUGCUGAUGCCGCUCCUUGGUGUCUUGCUCCAUUUGAACCAGAAGGCUUCUUGAGUUCAAUUUCAGCUAUCCUUUCGGGUACCAUCGGAGUGCAUUACGGACAUGUUCUAAUUCAUUUUAAGCUUCAUUCGGAGAGGCUUAAGCAUUGGGCGCUGAUGGGAUUUGCUUUGCUUGUAUGUGGCAUCAUCCUCCACUUCACAAAUGCUAUUCCUAUCAACAAGCAACUGUAUAGCAUUAGUUAUGUCUGCUUCACUGCUGGCGCUGCUGGGCUUGUUUUAUCUGGAUUCUAUAUACUGAUUGAUAUUUGGGGAUUAAGGACACCAUUUCUGUUCCUCGAGUGGAUAGGAAUGAACGCGAUGCUUGUGUUUGUAAUGGCAGCUCAAGGCAUCUUUCCUGCAUUUAUUAAUGGGUGGUAUUACGAGACUCCCAAUAACUCCCUGGUUCAUUGGAUCCAUAAGCACAUAUUUGUUAAUGUCUGGCACUCUGAAAGAUUAGGAACUCUUUUAUACGUGAUAUUCGCAGAGAUUGUCUUCUGGGGGGUUGUAUCUGGCAUUCUACAUAAACUGGGGAUCUAUUGGAAACUUUGAAAGUGAAAUCUCAUGUCUUUUCAGGAAAAAGCAAUACACCCAUUCUAUGAAUUAACAAGACUACAAGUUUGCAUGCUUGAAAAAGCAUGACAUGUUACUAAAAGCGAUAUGCUUAGAAAGAAACACUACAACAAGGCACAUGCAAACAGAGAUGAAGUGGCUAAACGUUAGAACCAGUCCAUUCAGGAAUAGGAUUCCCAUCAAGUGGGAAUGGGAUCUCAAAAUUAUUGUCCUUAUCCAGAGUCUAAUUGGGUUCAUAGGCUCCAUUUCUGUCGAUUAAUGUUUCAAAAUUUUGUCAGGACUUGCACUUUAUCUGUUUAAAUUUUGAUUGAAUGAAAGUUACUGCAGGGUUUUAAAAUCCAUUGUAAAUCAAGCAGUGAAUUAGUUUGAACAAACUAUUACUGCAUUGUACCAAGAGUCAAUUUCACAAAUCUUGCUUUUACUGUUUGAAAAAUUACUUGAAUGAAAGUUACUGCAGAAUGUUAAAAUCCACUGUAAAUCAAAGUAUUGCAGCAUGUUUUCCAUUUUUCUGAAACAAAAUCAUACAUGUGAUUAGAUCUGACUGCCAUUUCAC